AUGUCUCUCGUCUCCGACCAGGUGCGUCGACUGGAUGCCUACCUCGACCGUUUGCCUGUCCUCUCCGAGGGCUCGUCCGAUGACGGAGCGUCCGAUGCCGAGGACCAAGCUUAUGCCGCCGUCGAUGCCUUCUCCGUCCCGAGGCUGGACCGCCUCCUUCGCAUCGUCCAGUCCCUGAGCACAACCUCCUCCUCUCAACCACUGCUCCCUGCCCACCGCGUCCGCGCUCUCCUCGUACAAUCUGACUUGCCCUCUGCCAAGCACGGCCCCGAUGGCGACGAAGCCGCCACGGCCACCCUCACCGAUCCAAAGACGGCCUACGAGAAUGAGAUUGAGUGGCUGUUGGUCACAAAGGCCACCGUUCAAGUCUACGGUGUCAUCCUCAACACCCUCUUGGACCGCAUUAUUCCCCUGAGUGACGACAUCUGGUACUGGUCCGAGGUCUUGAACUCAUAUACCUACAGCAGUCUCUACACCGUCCAGACGUCGCCCCUGCGGUGGUGGGCCUGGUCCCACGAUGUAUACUUGACGAGCAAGGCCCGGUUCCGCUCCGUCUCCGCGCGAGGCGGCCCCGCCGACUUUGUCGACUCGACCGCCACCGACAUGUCGCACCAGUGGCGGCAGUUUUACGGCAUCGUGCGCGACAGCAUCCGAGAGCGCUCCUUUGCCAACAUUCAACGCCAGGUGCUCUCUCCCGUCGCCUUGUGCCGGUCUGAAGCGCGCCGAAAGCAGGCCCAACUCCGGAAACUAAGGGAAAUCACCGCCAGCGGCCUCGGAGUGCUCAUGGAUGAGGGCCUCCAGCUCGGUCACGACGACGACAAAUCAGAGGUGCAUGACCAGCAAGAUCUCAAGGGCGUUGUCGAGCGAAGCGUCGCCCUCAUGGACGUGGUCUUGAAGGAGGUCUGUACCUUGGACGUGACCAUGGACGACUUUGAGGAUAAGGUCUUUGCUGGCGUCGAGGAGGACCCGGAGCUUUCCAUCCACCUCGAAGACAGCGUUACGCCACACCGCCCUGCCGUAUUGGCCCGCCGCCUGCUGCGCAUCAUCGACAGGACCCUGCCCGAGCAUGCCGAUGCCAUGCGGGCGCUGGCACAGGCCAACGGUAGACCGCCGCGCGCUGUUCGCUACUGGCUGCCGGCAGUCGUUGGUGUGCUGUCCUCGACAACGCUGCUGCGGAUCCUGGUGAACCGCAAGGCCGACAUUAUCAACUGGAUCACGGACUUUGGCGCGACUGUCCGAGACUUUUGGUUCAACUGGAUUAUAGAACCCACCCAAAAGGUCAUCAGGACCAUUCGUCAUGACGAGACGAGCGAGAUUGCCAUCAUGAGCAGAGACAGCCUCAAGGCUGAUCGCCAAAGCCUGGAAAGGAUGGUUGUCGACUUUGCCUUGGACAAGCCGCAUUUCGCCGUGGACGGACCCUCCAUUUCGGAGGCCCAGAUCGCCGAGAUACGCAGCAAGGUGGCCGAGGGAGAUGUGACGCCCGUGUUGCGGGCGUACGAAAAGGAUCUCAAGAGUCCGUUUGUUGGCGCGGUCCGCGGGGACCUCGUGCGCUCCCUUCUCAUUCAGGUUCAAAAGACAAAGGUGGACCUGGAGGUGGCCAUGACCGGCAUCGACUCGCUCCUCAAGAGCCAGGAGCUGGUCUUUGGCUUCGUCGGGCUGACACCCGGCGUCCUCGUCACAAUUGGCAUAUUCCAGUACCUGCGCAGCGUCUUCGGUGGCCGGACCGGACAGAGGCGGUGCGCCAAGGCCGGGCGAGCGAUUCGCGUUCUCCGAAACAUUGACCGCAUACUGUCGGAGGCGAGGCCUACGGAGAACAACGUCUUGUCGUACAAGGACCACGGCUUGCUGCUGUGCGAAGUUCACGUGCUGCGGAACCUGGCGAGCAAGCUCAUGCCCCGCGACAUACAGAAGGAGUUUUUGGAGGACCUGGACGAUCUGGCCAACAUCAAGGGGAUACAGAUCCAAGCAAAAGCUUUGGACAGGAUUCGGUGGGCUUAUUCGAGAUGGCUCAGGUGA